AUGCCAUCAUCCUCAGACACAGGAGUUUCGGACACCUUGGAUCCUAUGGCAGUUGUGUCCGAUUACGAGAUUCUGUCAGAGCAAGAGGUCUACACAUCAGACACCACCAGCACUGAUGACGACGAUUUUCAGCCCUUCGUGCUGCCUGACGUCGGAGUUGAGCCUGCUGAUGGCCUUCCUGCCGGGGAUUUACCACUUGCGGUGAUCCCUGCUCCUAUACCGCUUGCUGCUUUUCCAGUCAUAGACAUGCCACUCGAUGUCGUUUCUGACGACGACAUUGAUCUAUUCGAGGCGGAUCCACCUGAGGCUGACCAUGAGGGCGUGGCCCCUAUUGUUGCUGACGUCAUUCUUCCCAUUGCUGAGGCCCCUAUAGAGGAACUUCCUGUUGGUUCACCUGUCCCAGAUUCAUUUGAGUCUGUGGCGUCUGCAUCUUUGCACGACCUGGGAGUGCAGCAUCACUCUCAUGACGCCGACCCAGACAUGGCGUUAUCAGCUGCACCUGCUCCCGCACACGAGUUCGAGUUUGACCACGAGGUCGAUGAUGAUAUGGAUCUAGUCUUUCCCCCUGAUUUCGAUCCUGACCAGGAGAUCGAGUUCAUUCACUUGGACCAGCCCUUAGAGGCGCCCGUAGAUCCUAUUGAUCCUUUGUUUGAUAUUCCAGCUGAUUUUGAUAUGGAUCUUGUUGACCCGGAACCUGUCGUGGCCCCAGAGCCUGUAGCUACUCCUGAUCCUGCACUAGAGCAUGACCCUGUUCAUGAUGAUGCACCAGCGUUUGUACCACCCAUUGCUAACCCACCAGUUGUUGCUCCACCGUUGGUGGAUGACCCUGUUGUUGAUGCACCGAUUCCUGAUCCUGUGCCGGUAUUGUAUGACCGUGCACCUUUUGCUGCUCAUAUAGAUCCAUGA